AUUAUUACUACUAAUUAGCACUCCACAUGUUAAGUGAAAAUGGCUGCCAUUGUACACAAAAGAAAGAGUCCCAUGUGGGAGUUUUUUGAGGAGCCUGUCGUUUCUGACAAAGUUGACAGCAAAGGCAAAGCCAUCAAGAAGGUUCCUUGUAAACUAUGUGAGCAGGUUCUAGCUGAUGGAGGUACAACUAACCUUCUCAACCACCUGCAAGCAAAACAUCCCGAGGAGUUCAAGCGCUGUUCUUUUGAGGGUCGGCAGUCAACUUCUAAGCAGUCUUCGAUAAGUAAUAUUUUCAAGAAAUGCUCAGCACAGCAUGCUGCUGCAAUAACAGACAGAGUGGCUGAUUUUGUGGCUAUGGAUCUUCGUCCACUAAGCAUUGUCGACGGCAAAGGUUUUAAACGGCUCUUCAGUUACAUUGAACCUGACUAUACUUUACCCUCUCGUACUCAUCUCACUAGUAUCUGCCAAAGAAAGUUUAAGACAGUAAAAGAGGAGCUAUUGACAACUUUAGAGUCCAUACCCUAUGUUUCUGUCACCAGUGAUAUUUGGACUAGCCGUGUUACACAGGCCUACAUCACUCUCACUGUCCAUUUUAUUACAAACACCUGGAAAAUGGAAAGCAAAGUCCUCCAAACUCAGGAGAUGCCUGAGCGUCAUACUGGUGAGCACAUCUCGUUACGGCUAUCUAGUGCUAGUCAACAAUGGAAGAUAAAAGAUAAAAUAGUUGCCCUUGUCCGAGACAAUGCUGCUAAUAUGGUUUUGGCAUCUCAGCUUCUGGAUGAUUGGGAUGAUAUGCCAUGCUUCGCUCAUACCCUACAGUUAGCUGUGAAAGCAGGGCUGGACUUACCUCUAAUCACCAGGGUAUCUGCAGUUUGUAGAAAGAUAGUAGGGCACUUCAAGCAUAGUGUAAGGGCAAUGGAGGCCUUAAGGGAAAAGCAGAAGAGCAUGAAUAUAAGCCAACACUCACUCAUUCAGGAUGUCAGUACUAGAUGGAAUUCUACCUACUUCAUGUAUGAACGACUAAUAGAGCAGAGAUGGGCAAUAUAUGCUGUGAUUCAUGAUGACAAUAUUACUCCUUCUGACCAAAGACACCUGGAUUUGAAGCCAGAGCAAUGGGAACUACUAUCACAACUAUCUGUUGUACUCAAACCACUACAGGUUGCCACAACAGCUCUAAGUAAAGACCAAAAUGUAUCAUCGUCUCUUAUUUACCCAGUGGUAAAUGGUCUUGUAAAGUGUCACCUUAAAAUUGGAACAGAUGAUCAUCAGAUGAUUGUAAGAUUUAAAGAAACAGUUAAAGAAGAGCUGUUAAGUCGUUUUGCAUUUAUUCCAGACAGUGUACCGGCCAUUUCUGUAGCUUUAGAUCCACGAUACCACCACCUGGGCUUCUUUUCUAGUGAAGAACAGUCACAAGUCCGUGAUAUAAUUUCAAUUAAAGCAGAUGCACUGCAUUUAGCUAACUCAGAGAAUGACUCAACAGAACCAAGAGUUAAGAAGCGAAAGGAAGACUCAGCUAUGUCAUUUUUACUAGGAACAGAAUGUGACAAUAAUAGUAAUCAGGCUUGGAGAGAUGAGUUGAAACUGUUCCAGAUAGAACCUCAAAUUCACCAUGACUCUGAUCCUCUGGAAUGGUGGAAAGCUAAUGAGUCACGUUUCCCUACAAUUGCUAGAAUUGCCAGACGUUACCUUUGUGUACCAGCCACAUCAGUACCAUCCGAGAGAGUUUUUUCAGCAGCUGGACUUGUAAUCAACAAUAAACGAAGCAGUCUAACACCCGAAAAUGCAGACAUGCUUAUAUUCUUGAGUAAAAAUAUGUGAUCACUCUAUAAUUUUGUUGUUGAUAAAAGUUAUUGGUUAAUUAAAAAUCAUCAAUUAAUAUUAA